AUGGUCCUUAUGCCUCCCAAAAGUCACAGGGAAACGGUUGUGCAACCGCUUACGCUCGAGGAGUAUGGAGGUGCGACUAUCCAGGAACCUGGAAUGACGCAUAGUCUUCAGCUGUCCACCCCGCCUCAAGCUUCCGAAGCUAUUGCUCCAUGCCAACCUGAGUCGGACCCGAUUUCAGCCCCGGGACCGUAUUUGGAGUUAAUGCCCGAAGCAUGGGGUGAUUGUGCACUGCAGCCAGAUGUUUACUGGUGGGACACUAUGCAUGUGAGAUGCCAGGCAACUGGCCCAUCAGUAUCAACGUUAAAUGCCCCGACGGCUGUGCACCUGGGGUUCCACGACUUUGGGGAGGAGAUAUGCGUCUCUGAACUUCAAGGCGAUUGGCACUUGGAAACAAGGGACAAUCUAUCGACAAUGGGACAACCAUCACUUUACAGUUACAACAAUCCCAUAAAGAUUCUUGGCCACCUCACACCUAGAGCCCAAGCCCUCUCCAAUAAGAGCCGGGAAGUCUUCGAGAACCGGGGGUCGUUCCAUAAACAGGGAGAUAUUGACCUACGUUUCCCUCCGUUGUUGCGGAAUGACGCUGCCUUCAAGCUUGUCAUGACAUGGUUAUUCAACCCUUCCGAGGAUAUGAACGAUGAAUGCAGCAUUCUCAAUUCUCUUUCGACUACUACAGACGAGUUACGUAACGAGGAGGUUGUUGUUGAGUUGGUUUCAUGCUCAUCCAAAUUCGCGACGACGACACUCUCACUUCAGGAGGAACUCGGAAGCCGAACCAACAAGGCUGCGAGCGACGAAAAUGUGGCGCACCAUCUAGUGACUGCAUGUCAUGCAUUGCUACUCGAUAGCUUUGGAGCUGUACUAGGUGCCUUGCAGGGUGCCGCUGAUACCGAUCGCCACGCCCGCAGGGGGCCCUGCCGUCAGGAUAUGCGGAUCUCCGGUUGGCAAUGGUGGUAA